CUGUUCAAGAAGACAAUUGUCAUGAAUCAUCUUCAUGUUGAGAAGUAGGCUGCCAGAAACUUAAUUUGUUAACUAUUAAUCACAAUUUUGAUGACAACUUAACAAUCUCCUACUCUUCGCAAUCAUUCUUUUGGUGUCUCUACCAUAUAAUAAUUCACCAUAAUCUCCUUACUUAACACCCAUAAACUCCUCACAAAAUCUCAGUUGAAAUUUGAUAACAAUGGCUGGAGGUGCAGCUUUGACUCCAACCUCUGUAGGAUCCAAGUCACUACUCCCACUGAGGAACCAUGAAGCAGUAGCAGAGAGAGGCACUAACAACAACAACAACAUGAAAGCAUUGCCCAAACCGGUUCAACCAGUUUCAUCAAUCGAAGGAGAGAUGGCUAAGAGGCCGCGAGGUAGACCAGCUGGCUCCAAGAACAAACCCAAACCACCAAUCAUUGUCACUCACGACAGUCCCAAUUCCCUCAGAGCUCACGCCGUUGAGAUCAGCUCGGGUAAUGACAUCUGCGAGACUUUAUCAGAUUACGCAAGAAGGAAACAGAGAGGUCUCUGCAUACUAAGUGCCAACGGUUGCGUCAACAAUGUGACGUUAAGGCAGCCAGCUUCAUCAGGAGGUAUUGUGACAUUACACGGACGUUUCGAGAUCCUCUCGUUGCUUGGAUCAAUCCUGCCUCCACCAGCACCGCUUGGGAUCACUGGUUUGACCAUUUACUUAGCCGGCCCUCAAGGCCAGGUUGUGGGUGGAGGAGUGGUUGGUGGGCUAAUCGCAUCUGGUCCCGUUGUUCUCAUGGCUGCAUCUUUCAUGAACGCUGUGUUUGAUCGUCUUCCUCUGGAUGAUGAUGAAGCUGCUUCUAUGCACAACCAGCAAUACUACCAGAAUGGAAGAUCCCGUCCCUUAGAUGACAUUCAUGGAUUGCCUCAGAACCUACUCACUAAUGGAAACUCGGGUUCUGAUAUCUACUCUUGGGGGGCUGCGCAGCGUGCCAUGUCCAAGCCUUAAUCCAUAACCUAUCUUAUCUCCAUGGUUCAUCAUAUCAACGUACCAUAUAGUUAAUUUACCUUGGAAUCAAAGAUCAAACCAUAAGUUUGGUGAAAGAACUGAAAAGUAAUCUUCCUCUGUAGUUUGUACCUGCAACAGUAAAAAAGAAAAAACUUAUAAGAACAUAAUGAUUAUCUAAA